AUGCGCGGUAUUGAAAUCCAGAAAUAUGUCAAGAGCCCUGCAGAGCUCCAGGUGACAGAGCUGCCUGACCCCGUGCCCAAAGACGACGAGUAUGUCAUCGAAGUGCACGCCGCGGCAGCCAAUUUCUUCGAUAUCCUGCAGGUUCAGGGACGCUACCAGAACCAGCCACCCUUCCCAUGGGUCGCCGGAGCCGAGUUCGCCGGCACCGUCGUGUCCACGCCGCGCAAGAGCCGGACCAAGCCGCGCUUCGCCGUGGGAUCGCGCGUCUUUGGUGCCGCGCAGGGCGCCUUUGCGACGAAGCUGUGCACCAAGGAGGUGGCGCUGCUGCCGGUGCCCGAGGGCUGGUCGUUCCGGGACGCCGCGGGCCUGUUUGUGACGGCGCCGACGAGCUACGGCGCGCUGGUGGUGAGGGCGGGAAUCAAGGCGGGUGAUGUCGUGCUGGUGCAUGCGGCGGCGGGAGGAGUUGGGCUUGCGGCUGUUCAGGUCGCCAAAGCCUUCGGCGCAACCGUCAUCGCCACCGCCUCCACCCCCCGCAAACUCGAAAUCGCCAAAUCCUUCGGCGCCGACCACGCAAUCUCCUACUCCGACCCAGACUGGCCCGCCAAAGUGAAAGCCCUGACCCCGAAAUCCCGCGGCGUCGACAUCGUCUACGACCCCGUCGGCCUCGUCGACAAGUCCACAAAGUGCACCGCCUGGAACGGCCGCAUCCUCGUCGUCGGCUUCGCUGCGGGUGCUAUUGAAAAGGUCGCCAUGAACAAGGUUUUGCUCAAGAACAUUUCGCUUGUGGGCAUUCAUUGGGGUGCUUAUUCGAUUCAUGAGAGGGAGACGAUUCCAAAGGUGUGGGAGGGGAUUAUGGGGUUGGUUAAGGAGGGGAAGAUUAGGGGCACGGAGUAUACGGAUGAGGAGUUUGUUGGGCUGGAUAGGGUCAAGGAUGCGCUCUUGGCGCUGGGGGGAAGAGGAACUUGGGGCAAGGUCGUCAUCAAGGUUCCUCAGGAGGGUAGCAGUCGGUUGUAA